AUUCACGACGUACCCUUACCAUGAGCGGCAAUUAAUCUGCUCUCCCUGGGGACGUCUACAGCGUUUUCCCUACAUUCAUUCUCAUUUCGCUGCUCGUAGGCGCCUUCGCCCCUCACAUCGGCUGGACAGACAGACCGAACGCUCCCAUGCUGUGUGCAAGUUAUCUUAACUUAUUUGUCGUCUGCUCUGCUAUUCGGCCCUGCCGUCGUCAACUUUGCUUUCGUUUUCGUAUGGAGACAUACAUCAAAUUCCCUCAAUACACUCGCCCACCGCUGUCGCUGGGACAUCGACGUGUUCUGGUCAGGACUGGCUCGCAGUGCAACGUGUCCCCUUCGUGGGCCGAGUGGCUCGCGGGGUCCGUUGUCCGCUUGAUACUCACGCUCGCAGUUCUCAUCGCAUAUCACCUGACAGCCUACCACUAUGACAUCACCCGCCAGCCUUCCCGCAGGCGGCGCCGCUCGCGUCCACGGUCAGGCUCUUCAUUGCCGUCGGUGACGCCGAUGUCGGUGUCGACGGCAACCCACCACCCAAUGUCGUCCACAUCGACGCCCUUGUCCCCCGUUUCGCUCUCGCAAGUCGGCCGGCCUCCGUCGAUAUUAACGUCCGAAGGUCACACGACAGUUGAGAGCCACUCUAGCGCGGGGGAUCACCGGCCGUUGCGCAGCUCUCGGUCUCGCAUCAACGCAGAGAGCUUCCUGCCAGUCGAUCGAGGGAAGGCUUCGCAUCCCCGGCCCUCUCGCCCACCCGCAGCGAGAAAGACCGCUCCCCUGCCGCGUCAGGCUUUUCAUCGCCUAAUCUAUCGGACGAGGACCUCUCCUCGUCCCUUGGGGCUGACAGGUUCGGCCGCCCUCUCCGGAGAAUACCUGGCAACUACACGUUCCCUGGAGCCCCGGACGCGCCGUCUGAGACCGACACAGCGGGAGAGCCUCCACGCGACGUGAUGUCGGACAAUGAGCUCCACAGCUUUGUGGACCGUUUCCGGUCUCUCGUAGAUCAAAUCACACGAGAGACCGAGGAUGGGAUUGCACUUACCCGGAACGACAGCACGGGGUACUACGCCUCCCCCUCGUCUCAUGAUAUAGAGAACCUUAGACCAAGCCAUCGCUCACCCUUCCCCUCUGAGGACGACGAUGACUACG